AUGGGUCUUAACUUGGAGGAACUCUAUGGCAAUGAUCUAAAUGAAGAAGCUCCGCAGGAGUAUUCGGAGUUCCAGCCCAAGACUGGUUAUGGCUGGGCCAAUGCUCUGCCGGAGAAGCAGGGUCUGUACGACCCCGAAUACGAAAAGGAUGCCUGUGGUGUCGGCUUUGCUGCCCACAUCAAGGGCAAGCCGAGCCACAAGAUCGUGAGCGAUGCUCGCAAUCUGUUGUGCAACAUGACCCACCGUGGAGCCGUUGGCUCGGACGCCCGAGACGGUGACGGCGCCGGUGUGAUGACCAGUAUCCCUCACAAGUUCUUCGUGAAGAAUUUCGCUCGGGAAGCCGGCGUGGAACUUCCCCCGCUGGGUCAGUAUGCCGUUGGAAACUUGUUCUUCAAGCCCGAUGAGGAGGCUCUCAAGCAGUCCAUCGCCAGCUUCGAGGAUGUCGCUACCUCUCUUGGCCUGCGCGUCCUGGGAUGGCGUGAGGUGCCUCGCGACUCGACUAUCUUGGGCCCUGCCGCGCUCUCGCGUGAGCCGAUUAUCAUGCAGCCUUUCGUUGUGUUGGGAUCUGCCUACGGCGAGGGUAACAAGCCCGAGAUCACCGAGACCGAUAAGUUUGACGAGCGUACUUUUGAGAUCCAGCUAUACAUUCUACGAAAGCGUGCCACCCAUGUCAUUGGUAUGGGUAAUUGGUUCUACUUAUGCUCGCUCAGCAACCGGAACAUCGUCUACAAGGGUCAACUCUCCCCCGUCCAGGUUUACACAUACUACCAUGAUCUGGUCAACGUUGACUAUGAGGGCCACUUCGCUCUUGUCCACUCCCGAUUCUCUACGAACACAUUCCCUUCUUGGGACCGAGCCCAGCCUUUGCGGUGGGCCGCCCACAACGGUGAAAUUAACACACUGCGAGGAAACAAAAACUGGAUGCGUGCCCGUGAAGGUGUCCUUCGUUCCGAGGUGUUUGGCAGUGAGCUCGACUCGCUGUACCCCAUCGUGGAGGAUGGCGGUUCCGACUCCGCUGCAUUCGAUAACGUGCUCGAGCUGCUUAUGAUUAACGGUGUUUUGUCUCUGCCCGAGGCUGUCAUGAUCAUGAUUCCCGAGGCUUGGCAGGACAAUCCGGCCAUGGACCCCAAGAAGUCUGCUUUCUACGAGUGGGCUGCUUGCCAAAUGGAGCCCUGGGACGGCCCGGCUCUGUUCACUUUCUCUGACGGCCGUUACUGCGGUGCUAACCUUGACCGUAACGGUCUGCGCCCUUGUCGUUUCUACGUGAUGGAUGACGACCGUAUCGUCUGCGCCUCCGAGGUCGGUGCCAUCGACAUUGACCCCGAGCGUGUGGUUCAGAAGGGACGUCUGCAGCCCGGAAAGAUGCUGUUGGUCGACACCGUUGCCGGGCGCAUCAUUGACGACUCCGAAUUGAAGAGGACCGUCGCCAACCGUCAGGACUUUGCCAGCUGGCUGGAUAAGGAGCUCCUGAAGUUGCCCGCUAUCACCAAGAUGCUGACCAACAGCGAGCAUGAUCUCUCUUUCGCCCUUGACGAAAUUACCGUACAGAACGACCCCCGCCUGCGAGCCUUCGGUUAUUCCUUCGAGCAGGUCAGUUUGCUUUUGGGCCCUAUGGGUGCUGACUCCAAGGAGGCCCUUGGCUCCAUGGGUAACGAUGCUCCUUUGGCCUGCAUUGCUCAGCAGCCCCGCCUGCUUUACGAGUACUUCCGCCAGCUGUUUGCCCAGGUCACCAACCCUCCUAUUGAUCCCAUUCGUGAGGCCGUGGUCAUGUCCCUGGAGUGCUACGUUGGUCCCCAGGGUAACUUGUUGGAGAUGGACCCUACUCAGUGCCACCGUUUACUCCUGCCGUCUCCCAUUCUGAGCAUCCCUGAGUUCAAUGCUCUCAAGAACAUCAACUACGCCCACAAGGACUGGACUGUCCGUACAAUUGACAUCACUUUCGAAAAGAAAAAGGGCACCGCUGGUUACGUCGAGGCUCUGGAUGCUAUCUGUAAUGCUACCACCGAGGCUAUCGAGCAGGGCGAUAAGGUCAUCGUUCUGUCUGACCGCGCCACUUCCGCUGAGCGUGUUCCCAUCUCUGCUUUGCUGGCCACCGGUCUGGUUCACCAUCACCUUGUCCGCAACAAGUGGCGUUCGCUCGCUGCCCUGGUUGUUGAGACCGCCGAGGCUCGUGAGGUUCACCACCACUGUGUCCUCCUCGGUUAUGGUGCCGAUGCUAUCAACCCUUACCUCGCUAUGGAGUGUAUCCUUAAGAUGAACCGGGAGAACUUGAUUCGCAAGGAUCUCCCCGACGAGAAGGUCAUUGAGAAUUACAAGGCCUCUUGCGACGGUGGUAUCCUAAAGGUCAUGAGUAAGAUGGGUAUCUCCACUCUCCAGUCCUACAAGGGUGCUCAGAUCUUCGAGGCCCUUGGUAUCGAUGACAGUGUUAUUGACCGCUGCUUCGCUGGUACUGCCAGCCGUAUCCGCGGUAUCACAUUCGAGCUGAUUGCUCAGGAUGCCUUUGCUUUCCAUGAGCGCGGAUAUCCCUCGCGCGAGAUUGUCGACAUUCCUGGUCUGGCCGAGACUGGCGAGUACCACUGGCGUGAUGGUGGCGAACCUCACAUCAACGACCCCACCAGCAUUGCUAACAUGCAAGAUGCCGUUCGCACAAAGAACGACAAGUCUUACGAGGCCUACGCCAAGGCAGAGCACGAGCAGAUCAAGAACUGCACUCUGCGUGGUAUGCUCGAGUUCGACUUUGACCAGCGUACUCCCAUUCCCAUCGACCAGGUCGAGCCCUGGACUGAGAUUGUCCGCCGCUUCGUCACUGGUGCUAUGUCCUAUGGAUCCAUCUCCAUGGAAUCCCACUCCACCUUGGCUAUUGCCAUGAACCGCCUGGGCGGAAAGUCCAACACUGGUGAAGGUGGUGAAGACGCUGAGCGCAGCAACCGGAUGGAGAACGGCGACACCAUGCGUUCCGCCAUUAAGCAGAUCGCCUCCGGCCGUUUCGGUGUGACCUCCAACUACCUCGCCGAUGCCGACGAGCUUCAGAUCAAAAUGGCCCAGGGAGCCAAGCCCGGUGAGGGUGGUGAGCUUCCCGGCCAUAAGGUACUUGGCCCAAUCGCCCGCACCCGUCACUCUACCCCCGGCGUCGGUCUGAUCUCCCCGCCUCCCCACCACGAUAUCUACUCCAUCGAGGAUUUGAAGCAGCUUAUCUACGAUCUUAAGUGCUCUAACCCUCGCUCUCGGGUCUCCGUCAAGCUUGUCUCCGAGGUUGGCGUUGGUAUUGUUGCCUCUGGUGUCGCUAAAGCCAAGGCUGAUCACAUUCUCAUCUCUGGCCACGAUGGUGGUACUGGUGCUUCGCGCUGGACCGGUAUCAAGUAUGCCGGUCUUCCUUGGGAGCUCGGUCUUGCUGAGACCCAUCAGACUCUUGUUCUCAAUGACCUCCGUGGCCGUGUUGUUGUCCAGACUGACGGUCAAAUUCGUACUGGUCGUGAUAUCGCCAUCGCUUGUCUGCUUGGUGCCGAAGAAUUUGGUUUCGCUACGACUCCUUUGAUUGCUAUGGGGUGUAUCAUGAUGAGAAAGUGCCACUUGAACACUUGUCCUGUCGGUAUUGCCACUCAGGACCCAGAGCUCCGCAAGAAGUUCAAUGGUACCCCCGAGCACGUUAUCAACUUCUUCUAUUACAUUGCCAACGAGAUGCGGGCUAUCAUGGCCAAGCUUGGUAUCCGCAGUGUUAACGAGAUGGUCGGCCGUGCUGAACUUCUUAAGACUCGCGAUGACCUUCGCGCUAAGCAAGAGCGUAUCGACCUUUCGCUGAUUCUGACUCCUGCUCACUCGCUGCGUCCUGGCGUGGCCACAUACAACGUCCGCAAGCAGGAUCACCGCCUCCACACCCGUCUCGACAACAAGUUGAUCUUCGAGUCUGAGCUUGCUCUGGAGAAGGGUCUUCCUUGCCGCAUUGAGUGUGAUGUUGUCAACACUGACCGUGCUCUUGGUGCAACCCUUUCCUACCAAGUCAGCCGACGCUACGGUGAGGCUGGUCUUCCCCAGGACACCAUCCACGCCAACAUCAAGGGCUCCGCUGGUCAAUCCUUCGGUGCCUUCCUUGCUCCUGGUAUUACUCUUGAGCUUGAGGGUGACUCCAACGACUACGUUGGUAAGGGCCUGUCUGGUGGCCGUCUUAUUGUCUAUCCCCCUCGCGGCGCUGCUUUCAAGGCCGAGGAGAACGUCAUCGUCGGUAACACCUGUCUGUACGGUGCCACUCUUGGCACUUGCUACUUCCGUGGUAUGGCCGCUGAGCGUUUCGCUGUCCGCAACUCGGGUGCCACAGCUAUUGUUGAGGGCGUUGGUGAUCACGGUUGCGAGUACAUGACCGGUGGUCGCGUUCUCAUCCUGGGAUCCAUCGGCCGUAACUUUGCUGCCGGUAUGUCUGGUGGUAUUGCCUACGUGCUGGACAUGAACCGGGACGCGCACUCCAAGGUUAACAUGGAGAUGGUGGAGGUUUCCGGCAUUGAGGAUCCUUCUGAGAUCGCCUUUGUCCGUGGUCUGAUCGAGGACCACCAUCACUACACUGGCUCGGAGUUGGCUGCUCGUAUCCUUCUCGACUUCAACCGUGCCCUUCCCCGCUUUAUUAAGGUUCUGCCUACUGAUUACAAGCGUGUUAUGGAAGAGGAAGCUGCCAAGGCUAAGGCUGCGAAGAAGGCUGAGUUCUCUCUUCCCGUGCUUCCUAGCACCCCCACUCCUGCUGAGAAGGCCAAGACCGAUGACUCCAAGAAGGCAGAUCUUCUGGAUAUUGAGGACAGCAUCAGCAAUGAGAAGACCGAGAAGAAGCGCUCUGCCCUGAUUCUGGACAAGACCCGCGGUUUCAUGAAGUACAGCCGCCGCAGCGAGAAGUAUCGUAACCCUACUACCCGUACUCGUGACUGGGCUGAGCUUUCCAACCGCCUGAGCGAGGAUGAGCUCAAGUAUCAGUCUGCUCGUUGCAUGGACUGUGGUGUUCCCUUCUGUCAGUCCGACACCGGUUGUCCCAUCUCCAACAUCAUUCCCAAGUGGAAUGAGUUGGUCUUCCAGAACCAGUGGCAGGAUGCCUUGAAUCGUCUGCUCAUGACGAACAACUUCCCCGAGUUCACGGGUCGUGUCUGCCCUGCUCCUUGUGAGGGCGCCUGUGUCCUGGGCAUCAACGAGGACCCUGUCGGUAUCAAGUCUAUCGAGUGCGCCAUCAUCGACCGUGGUUUCGAGAUGGGCUGGAUGGCUCCCUGCCCUCCCAAGACCCGCUCUGGCAAGACCAUUGCCGUCAUCGGUUCCGGACCUGCUGGCCUGGCUACCGCUGAUCAGCUCAACCGUGCUGGCCACAGCGUGACUGUCUACGAGCGUGCUGAUCGCGUUGGUGGUCUCCUCAUGUACGGUAUUCCCAACAUGAAGCUCGACAAGAAGGUCGUUCAGCGCCGUGUCGACCUCAUGGCCGCCGAGGGCACCAAGUUCGUCACCGGUGUCGCUGUCGGCCCCGAUGGUGAUGUGACUCUGGACUCUCUUCGCGCCUCCAACGACGCUGUGAUCAUCGCCACCGGUGCUACCGUUGCCCGUGACCUCAAGGUUACUGGCCGCGAGCUCGAGGGUGUUCACUUCGCCAUGCAGUUCCUGCACAAGAACACCAAGUCGCUUUUGGACUCUGGCCUAUCCGACGGCGAGUACAUCUCCGCCAAGGACAAGCAUGUCGUUGUCAUCGGUGGUGGUGAUACAGGUAACGACUGCAUUGGUACUUCCGUCCGCCACGGUGCCAAGUCAGUCACCAACUUCGAGCUUCUGCCGCAGCCCCCGCCCCAGCGUGCCGGCGACAACCCCUGGCCCCAGUGGCCUCGCAUCUACCGCGUUGACUACGGUCACUCCGAGGUUAAGACCCACAUGGGCAAGGACCCCCGUGAGUACUGUGUCAUGUCGACCGAGUUCGUUGACGACGGCAGCGGCCGUGUCAAGGGUAUCAACACUGUUCGUGUCGAGUGGACCAAGAGCGCCACUGGCGGUUGGGACAUGAAGACCGCGGAGGGUAGCGAGCAGUUCUUCCCUGCCGACCUAGUUCUCCUCUCUAUGGGAUUCCUGGGUCCCGAGGACCGCUUGCUCGGCGAUGAGAUUGAGCGUGAUCCUCGCAAGAACGUCAAGACCCCCCCUGGCAAAUACUCUACCAACAUCCCCGGUGUUUACGCCGCCGGUGACUGCCGUCGUGGCCAGUCCCUGAUUGUUUGGGGUAUCAACGAGGGCCGCCAGUGCGCUCGUGAAGUCGACGCCUUCCUCAGUGGAACCAGCUCCCAGCUGCCUGUGACCGGAGGUAUCAUCCGCCGCCCAGCCAUCGACUCGGUACCCCAACCAGCCGAGACCCAGGUCAUUGCAUAG